CUCAGCUGUAGUCUAGAUCAGGGCGAGCUCGUGACCGGCAGCAACACGGACCAAGCGAGGGCAGCCGACGUAUCACACGAUGUUCGAGCCCAAGUUCGAGAAGCUGCAGGACGAGUUUGGUCUGCGGGUGGCAGCUGCCUGCCCUGGGAUUUUCAAGUCGCCGCUGUGGAGGGUCACGCCAUCGCGUUCCGUCGUCACGAGUCUCUACCCAGACAUGUGGCAGCGCUUCACGAACUUCGAAGUCUUCCCUGACGAUGUGUGGGUGGUGACUUUCCCGAAAUGUGGUACUACCUGGACCCAGGAAAUGGUUUGGCUCAUCGGUAACGACUGUGACUUCGACACAGCGAAGAAGAAGAGACUUAACGAGCGCGUGCCUUUCAUCGAGUUCGUGGCAAUCUCGCGAUACACAGGACCGGACGGCGAUACCUUGCAGCGCUGUACCGACAUGCCGCGCCCGCGGUUCAUCAAGAGCCACCUGCCGUACGAGCUGCUGCCGCAACAGCUCUGGACCAAGAAGCCCAAGAUAAUUUACGUGGCUCGGGAUCCAAAGGACACGGCGUUAUCAUACUACCACCACCAUCGUUUGUGGAAUGGCUACACAGGAACUCUGGACGACUUCCUCGAGGCAUUUAUUCAGGAUGCACUGGUCUACUGCCCUUUUUGGGAGCACGUACUGAGAUUCUGGGAGUUAAGAGAUGAGCCGCACGUGCUCUUCAAUACGUUCGAGGAAAUGACACAGGACUUGGGUGCGGUCGUGAGACGCACAGCGGACUUCAUGGGCCGGCAGCUGUCAGAUGAGCAGGUGUCGGCACUGUGCGAGCACCUGAGCUUCUCCAAGAUGCGCGAAAAUCCAGCUGUGAACCACGAGGAAGGCCCCCCUGCUGAGUCGCCUGUCGCGGCGGCGGCGGAGGCGACGGCGGCGGCGGCGGCGGAGGCGACGGUGGCGGCGGAGGCGGGAGGAGCAGACGGCGGCGACCCGGCGCUGCGGUUCAUGCGGCGCGGCAAGGCGGGGGCCUGGCGCCAGGAGAUGCCCGCCGCCUUCGUCGACAAGUUCGACCGCUGGACGCAGCAGAAGACGGCGGGCACCGGCUUCCGGGUCGGCGUCUCCGGCGGUCACCAGUAGCGUCGUGGGGCACCUCGUGUUUUCUCUGAUGUGCUCCGCAAGACGUCUCUAAGCGGUUGACUACGGCACACUAUUUGAGUCUAAUCAUUGAAGUCGCAAGAAAAUGUGAACGUGUAAUUCUUCAGUCCUUCCCUAUGAUACGUUGCGUGUUGAAUAAACGCGUCUUCUGCCGACUGUUCGCGUCGUUCUCCCUAAGUUGAAGAAGACAGCAGAUCACGCCUUCGAAAUACCAUGCGAGAACGACGCUAAGAAACGGCAGAGAGACCGGCUUAUUCAACGUAUCAACAGAGAAGGUUUUGUAUUUUGAUGUGCUGCAGGCUGUUAGUUUAGUUUGUCCACCAGUGCUAUGUUUAUUAAGUAUGUAAGAAAAUUAGAAAGUAACCUGUCACUACCUUAUUAUUAAUUUAGUGUUUGUUUAUUUCGUAAUAUCUUGUGAAUUUGCCUACCGUCUUACUUAAUACAUUCGAUACUUGUUUAAGUUACAGCAGUCGUUCUACGUGUUCCAGUAGAAUUUGUAACGAUUCUCGAGUGCAGAAUGGAAUUUUCACUCUGCAGCUAAGUGUGCGCUGUUAUGAAACUUCCUGGCAGAUUAUAACUGUGUGCCGGACCGAAACUCGAACUCGGGACCUUUUCCAUUCGCGGGCAAGUGCAAGGUAGGAGACAAGGUACUGGCGAAUUUAAAGCUGUGAGGACGGGGCGUGAGUCAUGCUUGGAUAGCUCAGUCGGUAGAGCACUUGCCCGCGACAGGCAGAGGUCCCGAGUUCGAGUCUCGGUCCGGCACACAGUUCUAAUCUGUCAGGAAGUUUGAUUCUCGAAUGCUUUGGCACGUGUCCUAUUAAUAGGCUUCGUUUUCUGAUAUGGACGGCUCGCAAACAAAAUUUCUUCUAUCAUGAUUUCAAGUAUCUCUUCACUUCGAUCUCUAUCAGAUAACUUAGUUAUUACUUUCAUCUUACCUGGGUUGCUGUUAUACGUUAAUAAGCUAAAGAUGAACAAUUUCACGAACUUAUUCCAGAAUUGCAAGUCAGUUUUUGGCAGCAUUACAGCUCUUACGUUGAACAAAACAUUUUUCGUGAGCAUCAAUCUGCUGUUGAUGUCCCUAUUCGUUCUAACAUCCUGAACAAUCUCGAUCUCCACAAAGAAAUCUCCUGCUUACAUACAUAUGUAUUCCAAAGACAAUCUGAAAAAGGGGAUCCACUAAUAUGAAGCUGUAACAUGUGUAAAGUACUAAAUCAUAUUUUGAUUGAAGAUAAUGAUUUUCCCCUUUUCUACGUACCUUUGAAAUGGGCGAGGUAAUCUUUAAGAGUUAAACUACUUUGUGUUUUCUUUCUUAGGUCACUGCCUUUCUAAAACCUACGAAUUUUUCAUAAAGUAAGAUUAACAUAAAAUAGUUUAAAAUUUAAUUCAUUAUGUAGCUUCUCUGAGAAUUUUGUUGUUGUCAUAGAUAAAUCUUCAUGAAAAGUUAUAUUAGGAAAACUGGUAUAAUAAAU